AACAUUAUUUUUCUUUUAAAAAAAAAAAGUAGUUACGAUGCCAAGCGUAAGUUGGCGCGAUGCGUUUGAAAUGACGUUCUUUCUUGGCGAAUUCGAUGUAAGAGAAAGAAAACCCUAUCUUCUCACAGUAAAAAGAAGAAAGAGAUGGAAUACGAAUCUCUGGCGAUCUUCCUCCUCCUCCUCCUCUCGUUUUCUGCCUCCUCAGAAUUACAAAAGAGUGUCGAAGAGGAGACUCGCAUGUUGUCCACUUCGAGCCACUUGAAAGUCAUCGAGGGAUCUUCUGUCCUCUUGCCCUGUAACGCUCUCAACACAGCCGAGACGGAUGUCCGAAUGUGGAGGAUUCUCCCCUCUCGACUGCUCUUCUCCGGAUUCAUCUCUGUGUCGAGUGACCCGAAGAUCAGCCUGGCCGAUAAAUCCUCUCUACACAUCGUCAACAUCACUCAGGAAUACUCGGGAGAAUACCUCUGUUCUUUCUUCAGAAAACCACACUUAAAGGUCCUUCACAAUAUACUUGUCUUGGUUCCACCGUCCAUAUCGGCUGAUCCCUCUCACGGAAAGGUGAUCGAACAGAGGGGAAAUCCCACGAAAAUGAUCUGCCAUGCGAACGGGGUCCCCAAACCAUCCAUCACUUGGACCUACCAACUACCUAACGAAACUCACGUGACGUCUUUACCGAGUGGUGUCCACCAAGUAGACGAGUCUCAGUUGCAAGUAGCAUCAGUGGACAGUCAUCAGGCUGGGCAUUAUCGAUGUACAGCCGAUAACGAAAUAGGUCAUCCGGCAAUAGCUGAUUUCAAUCUGACAGUACUGUAUGCUCCAGAAGUGGUUGUUCGGCCGGACUGGAUUCAUGGCGAUGAAGGGGCCACAGUUGAACUUGUUUGCACCUGCAGGUCAGCGCCCCUCUCUCAACUGGUGUGGAUGAAAGGGGACCCGAAACACGAGAGAUACCUGCACACGGAUGAUGACAGAAUAAAAAUUCGAGAAAAAAUGACACUUCCUACCAUGGCUGAAUCUUGGUUAAAAAUUCAGCGCAUGCGCAGGGAGGAUUUAGGAUCUUACACAUGCUUAGGAAAGAACGCCGUUGGACAAGUCUGGAAGACAGUGGAAAUUUCAGGUUUGGCGGAGCCCAUCCAGAUUCGAGGCACAGCUUCAGGUGAAGAUAGCUUCUUACUAUUGUGGACAGCCAAGUCUUACAGCCCUAUAAUCGAGUACCAAAUGAAGAUUAGAAAAUACAAGGACGGAGAUGGUUGGACGGACGUCAUGAUCCCAGUGGAUGGAGAUGCCCACAGCAUAUUCUAUUCUCAGUCCUACAAUGUGACGGGACUGGUACCAGAUCAGCGUUACGAAGUCGUACUGCAAGCUCACAACGACUUCGGAUGGAACAGGCCGUCCGAAUCCCUCUUCUUCGGAUCAGGUGAAGAGACAUUUGAAGAGCCAGACACACAAAAUGUAAUCUUUCCAACAUCUUCGAACUAUGAUACUGCUUUGGACGUUACAAAUCCAGCUUACUUGAGCAAAGGAUCCUUCAUGGCGAUCGAUUGGAUCUUUUUUCUGUUCACAACAGCUUCUGGUCUCUGGCAGCAACAUAUCAUGUAAGAAGAAGAAAAUUCUAAACAUCAUAACAGACAUCUUCAUUAAGUUACAGACAGCGAAUCAUCAUUUUUCCGUACUUGAAAGUCCGUAAAGGGAAACAAUCUAUUGAGAUUUGAAAAGGGGAAAAGAACCACGAACAUACAGCUGGUGACAUGCUCUGUAUUUUUCAUAUACGAUAGAAGAAAAAAGAUAAGAAGAAAAAAUGCGUUUCAUUCUGAGGUUCAUCGUCAUUAGUGUGAUAUAUAACUCAUUCAUUAGAGAAAAACAUGCGUUUUUCGAUUACUAUGAACAUUGGUAAUGCCUGUAAUUGCCUCUAAAAGAUUUCAUCCGCAUUAUGAUGUAUACUCGUAUUUUAAUGGAUCGACGAUUGUCUGCAUACCAGCGCCACUUGAAAAGUGCAAAACGACAGCUGCAAGAAAUAUUAAUUUCGGAUAUAUCAAAUGAUACAUUGUACCAAAUAUUAUUUUUACAUUGUAAUGAAGGGGGGGGGGAAACCCUGUUCGGAAAUUAUUUCAAUCAAUAUUUUUUGUGCAAUAUGUAUAACCAAAACGGUUCCAGUAAAUUUCUAACUGAUAUCAAUGGCAAAUGAAGUAUUCUACUAGAAGAAUAAAGAAAUUUCCAAUUUCGAAACAAUGUGGAUGACUUUCUUAUAGACCAGUUCGAGCCUUUUUGAAAACAUUAUUAUAACAGUUUAUGAGACUGUGGUAGAAAAAUACCUUCUUCAGAACGCAACUUUGUUCAUAGAAGUGAUCAGUUGGAAAAACAAUACCCAUCAGUGUUUUGUGAUUUUAAAUUAGCUUAUCCUUACUACUGAUGCCAUCACAUUUUAUAUGAAUUUUAUUAUUUUUUUUGUUAGAAAUUUACAUUAUUAUGAAAAUUUAUGCCUGUAUUUUGAAAAAAAAAAGGAAUAACGAAUUUUGUGUUAUUAUACCAGAAUUAAGGAAAUUACACUGGAACACAAAUUCUUGUUGCAUUUAUACAAGUACUUGAUUUUACCUGAUUUAGGUAUUUCAAAUCUGAAAUUUGUUUGGUAAGCAACAGAUUUUUUUUUAAACGAUAUUUUUGAUUAUUGCCUUUUUCUUAUCACUCCCUACGUAGUAUAAAAGUGGGGACAUUUAGUAUUCGCUCGAGUAAAUUUUUAAAAGUUUUGACUAGGAAUAUAUUAUUGAAGUUGCCUAAAAACUGUAGAUUUGAAAUCAGUGACACGAAAGUAUUCGAUCUCGUAUUCUCCAGUGCUAAUUUUAAAUGUAUAUUUCGCUCAGCUAUGAAAUUUAACGUCGUUAAAUUUCAUAGCUAUAAUAAUUGGUUCUUCGAGGCUAAGUAUAUUUGUCCAAUAGAUUUGGACAAAAACUACACCGAAGAGCCAUUACAUUAUGACCACCCUGCCAAUAACAUGAAGGACCACCUUUAGCCCUCAAAACUGCUAGCACCCGCCGUGGCAUUGAUCCCACAAGGUGCUGAUAGGUAGUCUGAG